GAGGAAGGCGGGCUGGAAGCGGGCGAGGGCCCGUGCUCCUCUGCUCGCCCUCUAGCGCGGGGAGCGGCGGUUGCGCUGGGCCCCCAGAACUGUGGGCACCAAUCAACGGUUGCCAUAGCAGCGUUUGACGUCAUCGUGCGUGUGGUGCCCCUGCUGCCGGGGCUGGUGAUUGGAGGAAACCCCGUGUCUGCGGAGCGGCUGUAGCCUGUGAGCAGCGAGAUCUAGGGACAGAGUCUCAGCCUCGCCGCCGCUGCCGCCCAGAGACUGCUGAGUCCCCGUCCGUCCGCCCGCCCGCCCGCCCGCCGCCACCCACUCCGGCCACAGAACAUCCAGUCAUGGAUAAAAAUGAGCUGGUGCAGAAGGCCAAACUGGCCGAGCAGGCUGAGCGAUAUGAUGACAUGGCAGCCUGCAUGAAGUCUGUAACUGAGCAAGGAGCUGAAUUAUCCAAUGAGGAGAGGAAUCUUCUCUCAGUUGCUUAUAAAAAUGUUGUAGGAGCCCGUAGGUCAUCUUGGAGGGUCGUCUCAAGUAUUGAGCAAAAGACAGAAGGUGCUGAGAAAAAACAGCAGAUGGCUCGAGAAUACAGAGAAAAAAUUGAGACCGAGCUAAGAGAUAUCUGCAAUGAUGUACUGUCUCUCUUGGAAAAGUUCUUGAUCCCCAAUGCUUCACAAGCAGAGAGCAAAGUCUUCUAUUUGAAAAUGAAAGGCGACUACUACCGUUACUUGGCUGAGGUUGCUGCUGGGGAUGACAAGAAAGGGAUUGUGGACCAGUCACAACAAGCAUACCAAGAAGCUUUUGAAAUCAGCAAAAAGGAAAUGCAACCAACACAUCCUAUCAGAUUGGGUCUGGCCCUUAACUUCUCUGUGUUCUAUUAUGAGAUUCUGAACUCCCCGGAGAAAGCCUGCUCUCUUGCAAAGACGGCUUUUGAUGAAGCCAUUGCUGAACUUGAUACAUUAAGUGAAGAGUCAUACAAAGACAGCACACUAAUAAUGCAGUUACUGAGAGACAACUUGACAUUGUGGACAUCGGAUACCCAAGGAGAUGAAGCUGAAGCAGGAGAAGGAGGAGAAAAUUAACCGGCCUUCAAACUUUUGUCUGCCUCAUUCUAAAAUUUACACAGUAGACCAUUUGUCAUCCAUGCUGUCCCACAAAUAGUUUUUUGUUUACGAUUUAUGACAGGUUUAUGUUACUUCUAUUUGAAUUUCUAUAUUUCCCAUGUGGUUUUUAUGUUUAAUAUUAGGGGAGUAGAGCCAGUUAACGUUUAGGGAGUUACGUUUUCAUCUUGAGGUGGCCAAUAUGGGGAUGUGGAAUUUUUAUACGAGUUAUAAAUGUUUGGUAUAGUACUUUUGGUACAUUGUGGCUUCACAGGGCCAGUGUUAAAAUUGCUUCCAUGUCUAAGCAAAGAAAACUGCCUACAUAUUGGUUUGUCCUGGUGGGGAAUAAAAGGGAUAAUUGGUUCCAGCCACAGGUGUAGUUGUUGUGGGUACUUUACGUUUUGGAGCACUUAGAGUGCUGUGUUGGAAGUGGACAGCCCACGGGCGGUCCAUGCUGAACCGUGUGUGUAUCUGUGGAAUAUCAGCCUCAGUGCGCACACCUUCGACGACAGCUGCGGAGUGUUCCUUUAGUUGUGACCCAUUUAACUCUGGAUAAGGGCAGAAACGGUUCACAUUCCAUUAUUUGUAAAGUUACCUGCUGUUUGCUUUCAUUAUUUUUGCUACACUCAUUUUAUUUGUAUUUAAAUGUUUUAGGCAACCUAAGAACAAAUGUACAAGUAAAGAUGCAGUAAAAUGAA